GAAAAGUCACACCUUUCUCACUCCAACCACAAAACUACUAAUACUAGUUACCCAGAUCUUUCGUUGCUGCACUCUUCCAUUUCAUCUCUCCACACUACUGCUGUGAAGGUCACUACAAAUAAAUAGAUCAUCAUGCAGGAUACCAGCAACAAUAAUGGCAAGUCGAAAGACGGCAAGAAUGCUUCCUCUUCAUCAUGGUCCUCGUGGGCCCAUCCCCAGUACAUUCUAUUGGCCGUUGUCUUUCUGCAGAGCUGUUUCAUUGUGUUUCUGAGUUUUGAAGGUCCAUCGCAUCAGGAUUCCUCGGCCAGAGUAUCUGUGCAUCGAAGCGACAAGCAAUUGAUGAAGUCCAAACGAGUCUGGAAGAAUUCCAAAAAGAAAUCCACCGUCAAAAAGCUGCAGAUCCCCAAAGCUACCAUUCCUCCUCAGUACAAGGACUCGAUUCAAUCCAAAGAGUGGAGUGUCAAUUCCAAAGCGUUUCCAGGAGCACUUCAUUUCCAUUUUGAUCGAGAACGAUUGGAACCCUCCUUUCGAAAGCGUCUGGCUAUUACAUCCCAAGCACUCCAGCAACAAGCCGACCAAGAUGCCAAAGAUGCUGCACAACUCAUGGUCCGAAAAGACCAAGAACUCCAACCCUGUCAUUAUUAUACGAACGACAGUAACAAGAGACUUGUCAAGGAAGAAUGUUUCAAUAUUGGCAAAAAGAGCAAGGGCAUUAUCGUCUACAAUUCACAACCGUUCCCACGGCAUUGGUGUGGCAAAACCAUCCAACCCCACGCCGUCGCACACAUGAAAAAACUAUGCGAGCAUGCAUUCACCGAACCACCACGACUCUUGCUCGAAGCCUCCGAUAAAAUGAUCAGCACCAUACGGCGGGACUUGAUGAAAUUGCCACCCAUUGUCAUGCAACGCAAAGACUCGUAUGGCUCGCUGGAAACGGUCAAAGACUGCAACGUUCCCUGCAAAGUCAGCAUGGACACGUGCGCCAUUGCCGAUAAUGACAAUGCCAAGGGCGAAGUCUGUCUCCCCGAUAUUUCCGAUUGGACCGUCGAAGGAACCGAUUUCCACUUUCGCUAUUCCUGGUUGGAUCCCCGCCUCAAUCCCCAAGAAGUCGCCAUUUCACGAAAGGCGUAUCGGGAAAACUACUUUUACGUCACACGAUCCUUUCAAUCGGAAAUCCCCCUUUCGGCAUUUGAUUGGGAUCGAUACGGGGAAAUGAAGAAUGCUCCGAGGACUGAUUUUCACAAAUCCGGGAAACGAGGCAUGGCCUUUUUUCAUCUCGAACCGUGUACCGGAGAAAUCAAACCGGCAGCGUGGGCGGGAAAAGUACAGGAAGCCUUCAAGGGAACCAUUGAUUACUACGGACCCUGCGAGUUUGGGAAUGCCAAUUUGAAACCGACGCGAACCAAGUUGGACAUGAACCGAUAUCAAGAUCGACAAACCAUCAUGAGUCAGUACAUGUUCACCUUUGUCAUUGGGCAUUCGCAGAAUCCCGACAUGAUUUCCGAAUUGGUAUGGGAUGCCCUCACGGCGGGAUCCAUCCCCGUCUAUUUUGGGGCACCCAACAUUCGAGAGCAUGUUCCCAAAAAUAGUGUGAUUGUGGGGGGAGAGUACUCGUCCCAAAAGGAACUGGCGGCACAUCUGGACAAAGUACGACAUUCCAGAGCAUUGUGGGACAAACUGCAUGCAUGGAGAGAUCAAGAGGGAACUCCUCUCGAGGACAAGUAUGGAUUUUUAAAGGAAAAGUCGUCCUCGUCCUACUGUCGCAUGUGCCGCUUUGCAUUGGCCACCAAGUACUCGUUGGGAUGGAAUCCUCGGACGCAAACCAUUGAGAAGCCAGCCGUGGAUCGAAAAUUUUGCAUCUCACCCAAGGAUGAACUCAAACUGCCCGUGGAAGAGAUAUGGAUGAGUGACAUGGGAGCGGAAGCACCGCGAGGUAGAAAAUUUUGUGACAAGAGUUCCUUUGUCGAACAAACGAUCUCCUUUGAUGACGUGGCCAUUACUCGCAAAGUGCUCAGUCAUGACAAUGGUAUUGUGGAUAUCGCAAUCACUAGCAUAGAGUCCUUGCGCAAAAAGCUCAAGCUUGUGUUGCGACUCUACAUUAAGGAUAUUGACAAUGUGGAGGGGGCACAUGUACAACACCCGCAUCAGCUCUUGAUGAACAACGACAAUCCAUCAAAGCAUAUCCCGCUCGUGAGUUCGAUUGCCAUUCAAGAUGGCAAGACGAGAGCAACAAUCCUCACCAAUUGGGUCGCCGAGUUGAAAACCCCAAAGUUGGGUGGCCUGGUCGAUAUUCUGAUUAAGGAUCUGACCUCGGCGGACGGCCCGGAAGUCAUUCCCAAAGUAGAGUCGGAAGACAAAGAGACCGCGAAGGUUCCUCGUCUCAUGAAAGACGAAGUCCUUCGAAUCAGGGUGAUUUUGGAAGAUGUCAAUGUGCUUCGCGAUGCCGCCACCGAGUACAACAUGUCUCCUUAUGCACGCCUUAUGAUUACAGAUUUUCUGGAUCCGUUGAUGUUCUUUUCCAUCAAGUAAAGAAGAAGCAAAUGAAUCAAGCCGACCAAAUGAAACGGGUGCUUGUGUAAACCCGACAGUAGAGGAGUACAAUCGCGUUCCCCGCCCCCCCAGUAAUCUCGUUUCUUGCCUCCCUGAAGGCAGCAGCCUAGUGGCGCCUAAAGCCGGUGCUCCUCCUCCCGAAAGCUCCGAACAAUCUCUAUGGGAGUCGACGAAUUCUCGCAAAUAACCAUCCUAAGAGCCGGGUCCGGAUAGUAUGGAAGUGUGCUAAAAUUACAGGGUUUCUUAUCUAGUUCUUGUAGACUCGACUCGAUUCAUCAUCGAGCUUCAUCAUCAUUAUGGUCGUCACCCGUCUCCUGAGC